AUGACAAAAGAUUUAAAAGAAACGGUGAUAAAAGGCGGUAUCAAGCUCAAAAAAGGCGGAGACUUGUUCAAGAAGAAAAAGAAAAAGGUUGAUGUACAGAAUUUAGAUGUCACUAUUAAAAGAAAAGAACAUACUUCACCGGCAAGCAAAAAAACAGAAGCCGAACUACGAUUUGAAGCGAGAAAGCAAGCUAACAUGGCAGAACGAAUGCUGAAGCGCGCGGCUGUGAGUCAUCGAGAGAAGGUUGAACAAUUCAACAAGCAAAUGGAAGAGCUCACUGAGUUCAACGACAUUCCAAAAGUGUCCUGGACGAAGUAA